UGUCAUUUGUUAACCUGACAAAAAAAAAAAAAAAAAAAAAAAAAAAAAAAACUUCUUCCUUUUAUAUUUCUGGUGACGUCUCCCAACGGGAGAAAAAAAGAACAGAGGUUUUUAAAAAUCUUACAGAGCCAACCUAUAUACACACAACAACAACCAAAAAUGUUUCAUUAUAUAUAAUUAAUCAUUUGGUGUGAUUGCAUCAUAAAUUUUUUUUUUUUAUAUAUGUAUAUAUAAAUAAUCAUAUAUCAUAUUGACGAGCUAAUUUACGUAUUCGCUCUUCAGAUCUCUCAUCAACAUCAUGUCUUACGCUUAUCUUUUCAAGUAUAUCAUCAUCGGCGACACCGGAGUCGGAAAAUCCUGUCUUCUCUUGCAAUUUACGGACAAACGAUUUCAACCGGUCCAUGACUUGACCAUUGGGGUUGAAUUUGGGGCUAGAAUGAUCACAAUAGACAACAAACCAAUAAAGCUACAGAUCUGGGACACGGCUGGCCAAGAAUCAUUUAGAUCUAUCACAAGGUCAUACUACAGAGGUGCUGCCGGGGCACUGCUUGUUUAUGAUAUUACCAGGAGGGAAACAUUUAAUCACCUUGCUAGUUGGCUGGAAGAUGCAAGGCAGCAUGCAAAUGCAAACAUGACUAUAAUGCUGAUUGGAAACAAGUGUGAUCUUGCUCACAGAAGAGCUGUAAGCACAGAGGAAGGUGAACAAUUUGCCAAGGAAAAUGGGUUGAUAUUUAUGGAGGCCUCUGCUAAAACUGCUCAGAAUGUUGAAGAGGCUUUUAUCAGAACAGCCUCCAUGAUCUAUAAGAAAAUACAGGAUGGAGUGUUUGAUGUAUCAAACGAGUCAUAUGGAAUAAAAGUUGGGUAUGGAGGCAUUCCUGGCCCAUCAGGCGGACGAGAUGGAGCUGCUUCUCAAGGAGGGGGUUGUUGCAGUUGAAAAUGGAGACUUUAUUCUUUCAAAUGUGAUCGUGUCCUGUGGUGGUUAUUUAUUUAUGCUCUUCUAGCAUCUUAACAUUCUGUGGUGUAUCCAAUUUGUUUGUGUUUAUGUUAAUAUCUGGAAAAUAUAAGCAACGACACUUAUGGGACUUGUCUUUGUUCUUUGAUCUCUCCUUGUAAUAUUUGACUGCAAAAUGUGUAUAGUGUUUUAUAAAUCUUUCUGUGCGCGUGCGCAUUUUUCCUUGAA